UUCACCCAUCCCAGGGUGAGACAGAGCCUUAUACUGACUGUAGGAUCCAGGGCCUCUUGGGUUCCCUUUGUGGACCAGUGGAGCUAUAAGAGUGGGAAAUAGUGUUGCUUGUCCAACACCUGCUCCCUUGUUCACUAUUUCCCUCACUAUGAGGGCCAUCAAUGCCAAUUUAUCUGGCACUGCUGAAAUUUUAGUUUGCCCCUGAUUGAACCUGAGUAAAUUGGGAGUGGUAGAAUUGGACUUUAUUUUAUUUAAUUUUUUCUAGUUGCUGGGUUAUAUAGGUAGAUGUGAUCAGUGUUUGAGCAUCCUGAACAAAAUUCAGCUUUCCUAUAUCUUAGUUUAAAGAUCAAGAUUAUGUUUGAUGCAGUUUGUUUGACUGGGCAAGACUUCAUGUAUUUGUCGAAGUAACUAGAUGUUAGUUUUGAAGAGAUGUCUACCUCUGCCAUUGCCGGUGCUUUCACUCUGCUUUUUGGUUAGAACUUGUUAGGAAAUAAUGAAACAUUCGUCCGACAUCACAAAUGUGUUUGGAUAUAGGAUAUUGUGGUGUCUGAAGGAACAGCUUCUGUACAUGCGUAUUUGUGAUUCUGCCCCUAUGUUGGACGCCAUGAGAACCACAGUACAAGUUUUCUGUAUUGCUGUGUUUUGUGAGAAUGCAGUCCUUGGGAAAGAUCUGGGUGAAUUUAGAGUCUUCUGUCUUGAUCAGCAGUAUUGUCUUUGUUUUUUUCCUUGUAGUCGAAGUGCUCUUGUUCAUGAUGCAUACACUGAACUAUUGUGCUAUCGCCUUAAAAAGAGGUGUACUCUCUUGCUUCGAGAUAUUCCGGUCAUGUGUUAUUCCAUGCCUAGGCAUUUUCCACAUUUCACAUUGCAGAUGGCGUAUUCAACUUCUUCUCAAAUUACUCUGGUUCUGGUUUUUGGAUUCACUCUUGGCUGAAUACGACUUACUGUGACUUUAGCUAAAAAAGUAAACAGGUCAUGGCACGCUUAACCAAAAGACGACAGGCGGAUACAAAAGCUAUCCAGCAUCUUUGGGCAGCUAUUGAGAUCAUCCGGAACCAGAAGCAAAUUGCUAACAUUGACCGUAUUACAAAGUAUAUGUCCCGAGUCCAUGGUAUGCAUCCAAAAGAGACCACCCGUCAGCUGAGCUUAGCGGUGAAAGAUGGUCUUAUUGUUGAAACUCUAACUGUGGGCUGCAAGGGAUCAAAAGCUGGUAUUGAACAAGAAGGAUAUUGGUUGCCAGGAGAUGAGAUUGACUGGGAAACAGAAAAUCAUGACUGGUAUUGUUUUGAAUGCCAUUUGCCUGGAGAGGUGUUGAUAUGUGACCUGUGUUUUCGUGUGUAUCAUUCCAAGUGUUUGUCUGAUGAGUUCAGGCUUAGAGACAGCAGUAGUCACUGGCAGUGCCCAGUUUGCAGGAGCAUUAAGAAGAAAAACACAAGCAAACAGGAGAUGAGCACAUAUCUACGAUUCAUUGUGUCCCGCAUGAAGGAGCGGGCCAUAGAUCUAAACAAAAAGGGAAAGGACAAUAAACAUCCAAUGUACAGAAGGCUUGUACACUCAGCUGUCGAUGUCCCUACCAUUCAAGAGAAAGUGAAUGAAGGAAAGUACAGAAGUUACGAGGAAUUCAAAGCUGAUGCUCAACUGCUUCUUCACAAUACAGUGAUUUUCUACGGAGCGGACAGUGAGCAAGCUGAUAUAGCCAGAAUGCUUUACAAAGACACAUGCCAUGAGCUGGAUGAACUGCAGCUUUGCAAAAAUUGUUUUUAUUUGUCAAAUGCCCGUCCUGACAACUGGUUCUGCUAUCCUUGCAUACCUAAUCAUGAGCUGGUUUGGGCCAAAAUGAAAGGCUUUGGGUUUUGGCCAGCUAAAGUCAUGCAGAAAGAGGACAAUCAGGUUGAUGUUCGUUUCUUUGGCCACCAUCACCAGAGGGCAUGGAUUCCUUCUGAAAAUAUCCAAGAUAUCACAGUGAAUAUCCAUCGGUUGCAUGUGAAGCGCAGUAUGGGAUGGAAAAAGGCCUGUGAUGAGCUGGAAUUGCACCAGCGCUUCCUUCGGGAAGGAAGAUUUUGGAAAUCUAAGAAUGAAGCGGGUGAGGAGGAGGCAGAGUCCAGCAUCUCCUCUACAGCAAUGAGCAGGUGACUGAAGGUCACUCAGGAACCCAGAGCAAAGAAAGGACGUCGGAAUCAAAGUGUGGAGCCCAAAAAGGAAGAGCCAGAGCCUGAAACUGAAGCUGUAAGUUCCAGCCAGGAAAUCCCCACAAUGCCUCAGCCAAUUGAAAAGGUUUCCGUAUCAACCCAGACUAAGAAGUUAAGUGCCUCUUCUCCAAGAAUGCUGCAAUCGGAGCACCCAGACCUCCAACGACGAGUAUGUCAGAACAUGUGCCAUGACAAAUACACCAAAGUCUUCAAUGACUUCAAAGACAGAAUGAAGUCUGAUCACAAACGGGAGACCGAACGCGUUGUGAGAGAAGCACUGGAGAAGCUGCGUACAGAGAUGGAGGGAAAAAGGCAGGCUGUAAAUAAAGCUGUGGCCAACAUGCAGGGAGAGAUGGACAAAAAAUGUAAGCAGGUAAAGGAAAAGUGUAAAGAAGAAUUUGUAGAAGAAAUUAGGAAGCUAGCGGCCCAGCACAAGCAACUGAUUUCCCAGACUAAGAAGAAGCAGUGGUGCUACAACUGUGAAGAGGAAGCCAUGUACCACUGCUGCUGGAACACAUCCUACUGGCUCCAUAAAGUGCAGCAGGAGCACUGGCAUGCGGAACACAAACGCACCUGUCGCAGAAAAGAUGAAAGACGCAUUCCUCCUCUCCUCUUUCUUCUCCUCCUCCUCCUCUAG